AUGGUAAACGAGGAUAGUCAUAGGUUCAUGUAUUAUUUCUUGGCCUUUGGUGCUUGCAUUAAGGGAUUUGCCCACAUGAGAAAGGUAAUUGCGGUUGACGGCACUCAUUUACAUGGUAAAUACGAGGGCGUGUUGUUGAGCGUUGUUGCACAAGAUAUGGAGAAUCAUGUUUAUCCGAUUGCCUUUUGUUUCAUGGACAAAGAAAAUGAUGCAUCUUGGACAUUCUUCUUUGAGAAAUUGAAGGAAAUUGUGAUCGAUGAACCAGAUUUGUGUUUUAUCUCUGAUAGAUACAAGAGUAUCGCCAACAGUAUUGUGAACAUUUACAAUCAUGCUCACCACGGAUAUUGUAUGAGGCACCUCGGUGAAAAUCUCCGCGUAAAUCAUCAUUGUGGAGAUUACAUUUAUCUUUACUACAAUGCGGCAAAGGCUUACUCUUUGGAGGAGUUUGACAAUCAUUUUGUAGAAUUCAAAAACAAAUGCCCCACGGCAACCGUUGUCCUUAAGAAUGAUAUUGGUUUUGAGAAGUGGAGCAGGGCACAUUUUUUUGGCAAUAGAUAUGAUGUGAUGACCACAAAUAUCGCCGAGUCACUCAAUGUUAUGUUGAUAGACGAAAGAGAGUAUCACGUGGCAUCUAUAUUUAAUUCGAUUGCUAAGAGGUUUGGAGAAUUGUUUAGGGAGAAGCAUGCAUAUAUCCUCAAAUCAAUGGGUAAUCAAAUAGUGUCGGCUGCGGAAAAAAUCGCAAGAAAAAAAAUAAUAGAGGGCGACUCCUUGUAUGUGGAAAAUAUAAUCGGGGACGACAAUCAAUUUAUCGUGUUCGGUGCGGGCGUUACUGCCUAUGUGGACCUACUGGAAAAGUCAUGUUCAUGUAGGGAAUAUGACUUUAUCAAGAUACUUUGUGCUCACGCGAUGACCGUUUUGCGAUCGAAGCAUGGCAAUGAGUAUGGUAUGAGCAUCUAUGAGUAUUCUUCUCCUUUGUAUAAAGUUGAAGCGUACCUUCUUGCAUACAUGGAUUCUAUUAGUGUUGUCCCUCUCGAGUUGAAAUGGUGUGUUCCAGAAGAAUUGCUUAAUGUGAACAUUCUUCCGCCUCUUGUCGAUACCAAGCUUAGAAGAAAAAGAAGAAAACGUGUCAAAGGCAUCGGUGAGAAUUUCAAGAGCAAGAGAAAGAAAAAAUAUUCAAUUUGUAAGAGAACCGGACACAAGAGAACUACAUGUGUGAACAACAAUAAAUCUUAA